CGCUCUUUCCCCAUCCCCAGUCUCUAUUCUCCUCUUACUCUCCUCCUCCCUCUCGGUUGGAUGAAGACGGUUGGAUGAUUUUGACUCCUCCAUCAGUGUCCUCUGGGGAAGACAUCAGUCGUGGCGUAUAGCAUCUUCUUUUAUUACUGAGUCCAAUGGAUACAUUGUUUGGCCUGCGUUUCAGACGGAAAGCCUGUGAGCCAAGCGGACCCAGGCGCUCCAGCAUGUCACUUCCAGGGAUUAAAGCGCGGCGGCGCUCCAGUGUGUCACUUCCAGCGAGUAAAGCACGGCGGCGCUCCAGUGUGUCACUUCCAGUGAGUAAAGCACGCCGGUGCUCCAACACGGGCCUGGCAUCAGCGGGCCUGGCUCAGAGACGCAGGUCUAGUGCUCAGCUCCAAAUCAGCAACGUGCAGGGGGUCUUACACCACAGCAGAGGACACUUCACCAGGAGGAGGUCGAGUGGAGGAACAGCCUGCCUGGCCCCACGGUUCGCUAUCCGACGGAGACCAGCUGCCAAACACCACAGCAUUCACAACCAGCUCCUGGGACCAUCACUGUUUUUGGCUGGCGUGAUGCAAAUGAGUGAAGAUCAUGAAACUGAGAAUAAGAGUGAAGAAGAAUACUCCUCUCUCUCUGAUAGUGACUGUAGCCAGGAGGAGUACAAGCAAGCAGGGAUGGAUUUAGAGUUGGAGUCUGAUAAGUCUCUGACGUGGUUGGCUGAGGGUUGGAUGCCGGGGGAAAGUAUUCAGCCUCGUCCCCUCCUCCGUGCCCCACGCUGCCUGAGGCGAAACUCCUCACACCUACUUCCUGCUGAAGCCGUUUACCAGAGCCCAGCCUCUUUUGGACUGUACGGCCGUUACCGUAGGACCAGUCAGGCACAGGGUCUGUCUAAUGUAGGUGGAUUGUGGACAGGGAGGCGAAAUUCUCUUGCAGGUCCAGGAUCAGUCGCACUGUACAGGAGGAGUUCUCCUUGCUGGACAGAUCUCAGUCUCUCACACACACUGCAGGGAACUGAUUACAACCCACAGAUUGACACAUGGAGUGAAUUCCUAUCGAAGGCCAUUGCCAAGUCCGGUCUCCAGCACCUGUCAUGCCAGCCCAGUGCUGCGGUGUUGGCCAAGGGGGAAACGGACCGAGAAAUACGCAGCACAGUGGACUGGAGUGAAUCCGCUCUGUAUGGGGAGCACAUCUGGUUCGAGACCAAUGUCUCUGGGGACUUCUGUUAUGUUGGAGAACAGCACUGUUACGCCAAGACCCUGCAAAAGUCUGUUGCUCGAAAAAAAUGUGCCGCUUGCAAGAUCGUAGUUCACUCCAUCUGCAUUGAACAGCUGGAAAAGUUAUUGGACUGGAAUGUUCCGCCCCAAGGGGAGGGGCUUGAUGAGGUGCCUCUCAAAGACCCAUCAUUCAGAAUAAACUUCAGAUGUAAGCCAUCUUUCAGGGAGUCAGGUUCACGGAACAUCCGGGAACCAGCAAUAGUUCGACACCACUGGGUCCAUCGGAGAAGACAAGAGGGCAAAUGCAAACAGUGUGGAAAGGGGUUUCAGCAGAAAUUUGCCUUUCACAGUAAAGAGAUUGUAGCCAUUAGCUGCUCCUGGUGCAAACAAGCAUAUCAUAAUAAGGUGACAUGCUUUAUGCUGCAGCAGAUAGAAGAAGCGUGUUCAUUAGGAGCACAUGCUGCCGUUAUAGUACCUCCUACCUGGAUCAUACGGCUUCGCCGACCUCAGUCCUCACUAAAGUCAAGCAAAAAGAAGAAACGAACAUCUUUCAAACGCAAAUCCAGCAAGAAAGGAGCAGAGGAGGCUCGAUGGAAGCCCUUCAUUGUGAGACCAGUUCCCUCUCAACUCAUGAAGCCACUGCUGGUGUUUGUAAACCCAAAGAGUGGAGGAAACCAGGGAGCUAAAAUCAUCCAGUCGUUUCUGUGGUGUCUGAACCCUCGGCAGGUCUUUGAUCUCAGUCAGGGGGGUCCUCAGGAGGGCUUGGAGAUGUAUCGCAAAGUUCACAACUUGAGAAUUUUGGCCUGUGGUGGGGAUGGCACGGUGGGCUGGAUUUUGUCCGCUCUUGAUCAGCUGCAGCUGAACCCUUCUCCUGCUGUGGCAGUACUUCCUCUGGGCACAGGAAAUGACCUCGCUAGGACGCUAAACUGGGGUGGGGGUUACACAGAUGAACCUCUAAGUAAAAUCCUGUCUCACGUUGAGGAUGGGAAUAUUGUGCAGCUGGAUCGAUGGAAUCUCAUUGUGAAGCCCAACCCAGAGGCGGGGUCAGAGGAAAGAGACGAGCAGGUGACAGACAAGCUCCCUUUGGACGUCUUCAAUAAUUACUUCAGCCUUGGCUUUGAUGCUCAUGUGACUUUAGAGUUCCAUGAAUCCCGAGAGGCCAACCCUGAGAAAUUUAACAGCCGAUUCAGAAACAAAAUGUUCUAUGCAGGGACAGCGUUUUCUGAUUUCUUGAUGGGCAGCUCCAAAGACCUGGCUAAACACAUUAGAGUGGUGUGUGACGGCACAGAUUUGACCUCUAAAAUCCAGGAUUUGAAGCUGCAAUGCCUGGUCUUCCUCAAUAUCCCCAGGUACUGUGCGGGCACUAUGCCAUGGGGCAACCCAAGUGAGCAUCAUGACUUUGAGCCUCAGCGUCAUGAUGAUGGCUGCAUCGAGGUCAUUGGCUUCACAAUGACAUCACUGGCCACGCUGCAGGUCGGAGGUCACGGUGAGAGGUUAAAUCAGUGUCGAGAAGUCACCCUCACCACCUCUAAGUCAAUCCCCAUGCAGGUGGAUGGCGAGCCUUGCAAACUAGCUCCAUCUGUUAUUCACAUCUCCCUGAGAAACCAGGCCAACAUGGUGCAGAAAACCAAGAGACGCACAUCAAUACCACUGCUCAACGAUAGUCAGCAGCCAUUUCCAGAACGAUUACGGAUCAGAGUGAGCCGCAUCAGCAUGCACGAUUAUGAAGCUCUGCACUACGACAAGGAGAAACUCAAAGAAGCGUCAAUUCCACUGGGUCUCAUCGUUGUCCCGGGAGACAGUGAUUUGGAAGCCUGCAGAGCUCACAUCGAGAGACUACAGGAGGACUUUGUGUCGUGUCACCCAUCUCUGCAGCGGCUGGUGCUCCAGGAAGGUGAUGGGACGAAAUUGAAGGCUUUGUCAUCUCAGAGGCUGUCUCCAAAAUGGUGCUUUCUUGACUCUACAACAGCGGAUCGUUUCUACAGGAUUGAUCGCGCUCAAGAGCAUCUUAACUACGUGACAGAAAUCUCUCAGGAUGAGCUGUUCGUUCUGGACCCAGAGCUGGUUGUCACAGAGACGGUCAGCACAUCGCCAGGUAUGCCAGACCUGGUGGAUUCCUCUGGUGAUGCCCCAUCUGAUCCAUGUAAAUUUGCCUUCCCAUCAUCCUCCUCUUCUCCACCAAACUCACCCGGUCCCAGGGGUGCAGAGCUCCAGAGAAAGCGUGUUUCCAGUGACAGUUCUGUGGCAGAAGCUCUUGCACACAGUGACUCGCUCAGAUCAGCCAAACCAGCUCUCAGCAGGGUGGGGGGUGUACAUCGCUCAAAUACAACAGCAGCAGAUUUCAAACCUACCAGCAGGCUUGAGAAGAACGACCAGAACAAUGUGUCAGCAGACAGUCUAAUUGAAUGUGUUAAGAAGAAGGACCAUCAGAAGUUGAAGGAGCUGCAUAAGAAGGGGGCAGACCUGUGUGUGCAGGACCCCGUGGGUCGCACCCUGCUCCACUAUGCUGUGGAAGUGGGAAGCAAGGAGAUCGUCAAAUACAUCAUUGAUAAUGCAUCCACCGAUAUCCUGGAUGUAACCGAGAGAGAAAAUGGAGAGACGGCAUUGCACAAAGCGGCCUCGUUGUUUCAGAGGACAAUCUGUCAUUACCUAGUGGAGGCGGGAGCAUCUCUCAUGAAGACAGACUUACAGGGUGACACUCCAAAGCAUCGUGCCGAGAAGGCGAAAGAUGCAGAACUUGCGGCGUAUCUUGAGAACCGACAGCACUACCAAAUGAUCCAGCGUGAGGACCAGGAGACUGCAGUUUGACCUUUAACCUCUCACCCUUCCCCCUCAACCGGCGUCCUCCUGUUUGUGCCAAAACAACAGUAACCAAAAAUGUAUCGCUAAACUGCACGAUGGUGACACAUUCCUAGAGAGAUGGUGGCACACUUUGCUGUCUCUGAAGAGGUCCCGAGCUUUCCUGUUGGACUUAAUGUCUUUCAUUUUAUUGCACUGCCAAAACAUCUUCUAGUUUGUAUGUAUGAGACAGAAUGCAUUGCCCUCUAUGUUACUGUACUCAUCAAGCUUGCUUUUCUAGUGUGACAAUGCUGAAUGUUAAAGGAUUUAAAGAUGCAUGGGCUGGUGAGGACAGUGCUGUGUGUGUCUCCAGAGUUCUCACUGUCUGUAGAAGUGCACCUGGAGCGUUUACCGUAGAUUUAGUAUUGCUCUGUUAUGGCUGAGCAUUAAUCUGAUCCGUGCUCCAGAACGUGAAAGGGAAACAACAUUUCAGUUAGCUGAUUUCCUAAUAACAGUAAAGCCAUUAAAUGAAAUGAUGUUAAUGUAUAAUGUAACUUUCUAGCUUCCCCUGCACUGGAAGUGUUCAGGUUGGUUCAAACAUAGGAAUGUUUUCUGGGCUCUUGGUUUGCAGUAUCAGACCUAUUUAGAUCUUUUUCCGGUGUGUUAUUGGAAAGAUUUAGCAUUUUCAUAGAUUUCUCUGCUGUUUUCUAACUUUAACAUGGUAAUAACAUUCGGUACUGUAAAUGUAUGCGAGUAGCUUUCUGUUUAAGAGGCAUUUGCACUGUAGCUUUGAUUGCCGCCUUUAUUCUGUUCUCUGGAUUUAUAAUUGAUGUACUGAAAUUAUAGCUUCUUUCCUACAUUUUUUUUUUAAGUAAAUAGAUGUUUAUAUCAUUUGUAGCUAUAAAAGAUGUGUUUUCAUGUUUGUAUUAUACAACUCUGUAAAUUAGAUUUUGGUUUAUGAGAGUAGAGAACAGGUCUCUGUCAUUUCAGCUCACUUUUCUUAAAUCUUUGUGAUAAAAAAAACACUCUCUGUAAGAGUUUUUGUUUCAUAUUUUUUUUAGUGCUGGUGUCUUAAUGCAGAUUCAAGAUUUAAGGAUGCUUAUAUUUAUUUUCCUAAAUCUUUAUAUAUUGAAAUUAAUUAGGCCUUGAAUUUAUAGAUAUUUAAUAAUGUUAGUAACUUGUGACUUAUUUCAAUUAUUUACUUCAUAGAAUGAAAAUCUUCUCUGUCUAAAGACUUAAUACUUCAUUUUAUGAAAGGACCCACUGAUUUGAAAGUUUCAAAUGUCGUUAUACAGUAUGUAUGCAUAUUCAUAUUGUAAUUUAGUAACACAGGUCUUGGGUGAACACACUAGCAUCUUUAGUGCUCUUCAUUUUUCUGCACUCUCAGUUGCAUUUGGAAAGUUUGAGUGUUAAAAACAACAACAACUAUCCAUCCAUCUAACCCUUUAACCCAGACAGCUAUUUGAUAGGAGUCUUGAUGAAUGAGACCUCACUGAACUCUUUCAAUAAACGUGAUACGUCUUGA